UGCUUACUGGAAGACCACUGUCACAUUUCAUACAAAUCACUUUAAGACGUUUUUGAAGACGAUUUGUGAAGAAAACUCGCUGCGCGCCGCACAAAGUGACGGUGUAUCAGCGAGGUUUGAAGCCUCCCAGAAUGAAAUAAAUGAGUCCUGGACACCAAAAAUGAGCUCAGUCUGAAGGGAGGAACGUUUCCUCACUGCUGCGAUAGCAAAAGUGUUUUAAAACGUUGGUUUUCUGUGUGUUUUACCCCAAUAAUGUGGAGGAGAAAACACAAGUUUCAUCUGAUUUGAGGCGGCAGGCAGAGCGGCUCUGAGUGUUGCUUCUCCACGGUUCUCAUGUGCUUUAUAAGUCCCGCCUCGUGCCCUUUGCUCGGACAGACUGUCCGCGAGACAAACAGCAGACUACACACACAAAGAUGGCAGAAGAAGCACCAGCACCAGCAGCGGCCCCGGCUAAAGCCGCGCCGAAAGCCCCGAAGAAGAAGAGCGCUCCCCGGCCUAAGAAGGACGGACCCAGCCUCAACAAGCUGAUCAUCGGCGCUGUGGCGGAGUCCAAGGAGCGUAAAGGGCUGUCGGUGGCGGCGCUCAAGAAGAUUCUGGCGACCAAAGGCGUUGAUGUCGUGAAAGCUAACAAACGUAUCAACACCACGGUCACUAAGCUGGUGACAAAAGGUACCCUGACCCAGACUAAAGGGACAGGGGCCUCCGGCUCCUUCAAGCUCGCCAAGGAGACCAAACCCGCCAAGCCGGUGAAGAAAGUGGUGAAGAAGAAAGCCGCUCCUAAAGCCAAGAAACCUGCAGCCAAGAAACCCGCAGCGGCUAAGAAGCCCAAGACAGCGGCAGCUAAGAAGACAGCAGCCGCUAAGAAAUCCCCCAAGAAGGUCAAGAAGCCCGCAGCGGCAAAGAAAGCAGCCAAGAGCCCCAAGAAGGCCGCCAAGAGUCCCAAGAAAGUGGUGAAAAAGGCUCCUGCAGCCAAGAAAGCUCCUGCAAAGAAGGUGGCCAAACCCAAAGCCAAGAAGGCAGCACCCAAGAAGAAGUGAGCUGUCAUCAGUCUGAACAUGUGAACCUGAUCAAAGGCUCUUUUAAGA